ACUUCCAACUAAUAUUUUCAAUUUCCCUGCCCCCCGUUCAUAUGCUUCUCCUUCAAAAAUAAAAAUAACCUUAAAAAAGCCAUUUUCUCAGCUCUUUAUUUGGACUCUCAUGGCCUGCCACGUCAUCGUCAUCUUCCCUCAUUCCUAGGCGUGUCUCUCCCGACUCCCCACUCCCAUUUCUUCCUUCUCCGGAGGAUUUUCGAUGAUUUGGAGCAACCACGAUUCUCUCACGGCUUUCAAGUUUCAGCAUCAAAUGAGAGAUUGAGUUGAAAUUGGGGGAAAACGAUUCAAAGCGAAGGAGAACAAGACAUGGAAGUGAAGAACAGUGGAACUGUGUGCCUGUCGGAAUCGGUGAACGGAGGCGAAGAUGUGUACAGCUGUAAGGAAUCCGACGUUUCUUCCGCCGAUCAUCUUGUUGUCAUGGUCCACGGUAUUCUCGGAAGUACCACGGAUUGGAAAUUUGCUGCAGAGCAAUUCGUCUUAACACUCCCUGACAAAGUUUUUGUUCACUGUAGUGAACGUAACAUGGCUAUGCUAACAUUGGACGGUGUUGAUAUUAUGGGCGAGAGAUUAGCGCAGGAGGUUCUUGAUUUAAUAAAAGAAAAGCCCGGGCUACGGAAGAUUUCUUUUGUUGCGCAUUCUGUUGGAGGGCUUGUUGCUAGAUAUACCAUUGGCAGACUAUAUAGUCCCCCAAUAAGGGAAACUAUAGACGGGUUAUCUACAGAUUCCCUGGGAGAAGAAUCAAAUGGAAGAAUUGCUGGUUUGGAACCUAUGAAUUUUGUCACUGUUGCCACACCUCAUCUUGGAUCUAGGGGAAACAAGCAGGUGCCAUUUCUUUUUGGAGUUACUGCCUUUGAGAAAGUUGCAGGCCAUGUGAUUCAUUUGAUAUUCAGGAGAACUGGCCGGCACCUUUUCCUAAGGGAUGAUGAUGAAGGGAAACCUCCAUUACUCAGGCGCAUGGUAGAAGAUGAUGGUGAAUUGCUAUUCAUGUCUGCCUUGCGUUCCUUCAAGCGUCGGGUGGCUUAUUCAAAUGUUGCUAAUGAUCAUAUCGUUGGUUGGAGAACUUCAUGCAUAAGACGAAAUAGUGAACUGCCCAAGUGGGAAGAGUCCUUGAACGAAAAAUAUCCCCACAUUGUGUACGAAGAGCAGUGCAAGGCAAGUGAUGGUGAUCUUGGUGAUUCCAUUGUAGUGGAAGACGAUUCUCAAGACAAGCUGGAAGAGGAAUUGGUGACUCUCUUAUCUCGUGUGCCAUGGGAGAAAGUAGACGUCAGCUUCCAUAGCAGCAAAAUUAAAUUUGCAGCUCAUAGUAUCAUCCAGGUGAAAGCCCAGAGUGCGCAUUCAGAAGGCGCAGACGUUAUACAACAUAUGAUCGAUCAUUUUCUUGUAUAGGUCUCAAUUUCUGAAGAAACUCAGAAUGCUCAUUUUUUUGGGAGGCAUGCUUCAAUGACGCUCUAUAUCUAUACAUUAAUCAGUAAAGCUGCCAAACCAAGAAAGCAGCUCCAUGAGAAAUUCAGUUUCUGUGUACAGAACAACCCCCCGGCCUAACUAUUUAUGCACCAAACUCUAUAGCAUUUGCAAAUUCAAAAAAAAAAUGGCGGUAAACGGUAUUCAUAUUUAUCUUAUGGAUUCUUUGCCCCAGAGAGUAAAAAUAAGAAUGCCUGUCCCUAAAAUGAUAGGGUGGGCGUGCUUGGCUCUUAUGCCAUGGGGGGUGAUUUUGUCCAUUUUGGAGCCACAAUUACCAUUGUGUCCCUUUGGUUAUACUCGUAUUCUAUAUUGCUAAUUUUUUCCAUUGAAUACAAUGAUUGAAUUACAACUAAAUUUCGACGCAAGUGGGGCGGUCC